AUGGAGAACAUUUGCAAAAGGUGUACAGGAUUUGGGUAUGGUCCAGGUAGCAUUGAAACUUUGGGUGUGAUGGAGUGGAUAUAUUUCAAUUUCAAUUUUGAAAACCUUAAAGUUCAACCUCAGAUUCACCGACUAUCUGGUGCUAUCUGGCUGGAGCGGGCAAUAGGUGAAUAUGAAGACCUCAGAGCAGAGAACCAGAAAACCAAGGAGAAGUGUGACAAAAUUAGGCAAGAACGAGAUGAAGCUGUUAAAAAACUGGAAGAAUUUCAGAAAAGCAAAGCAAUAACAGAUUUGCAGAGUUUAGACAUUCUACAAGCACACAUGUUUGACCUAAAUAAAGAAAAUAAGACACUAAAAAGAAUCAGCAUGUUAUACAUGGCCAAGCUGGGACCAGACGUAAUAACGGAGGAGAUAAAUAUCGAUGAGGAGGAUUCAGCCACCGACACAGAAGGUGCAGCUGAGAUGUGUGUCUCAGUCCAGUGUCAGAAGCAAAUCAAAGAACUUCGAGAUGAAAUUGUAUCUGUUCAGGAAGAAAAGAAGAAGCUAGCUAUUGAGCUGGAAAAUCUCAAGAGCAAACUUGUAGAAGUAAUGGAUGAAGUAAAUAAAGUUAAACAAGAGAAGGCUGCUUUAAAUUCAGAAGUUCUUGAACAGAGAAAAGUCUUAGAAAAAUGCAACAGAGUGUCCAUGUUAGCUGUGGAAGAGUAUGAGGAGAUGCAGGUGAACCUGGAACUGGAGAAAGACCUUCGGAAGAAAGCCGAGUCAUUUGCACAAGAGAUGUUCAUUGAGCAAAACAAGCUGAAGAGACAAAGCCGCCUGCUGUUGCAGAGCUCCGUCCCUGACCAGCAGCUUGUGCAAGCGCUAGAUGAAAACGCAAAACUCGUCCAGCAGCUUGAAGAGGAAAGAAUUCAGCAUCAGCAAAAGGUCAAAGAAUUAGAGGAGCAGCUGGAAAAUGAAACAUUGCACAAGGAGAUACAUAACCUCAAACAGCAACUAGAGCUUCUAGAAGAAGACAAGAAAGAAUUGGAAUCAAAAUACCAGGGUUCUGAAGAGAAGGCCAGGAAUUUAAAGCAUUCUGUGGAUGAACUCCAGAAGCGAGUGAACCAGUCUGAGAAUUCGGUGCCUCCGCCUCCACCUCCACCUCCGCCACUUCCCCCUCCGCCUCCCAAUCCUAUCCGAUCUCUCAUGUCCAUGAUCCGAAAACGAUCCCACCCCAGUGGCAGUGGUGCUAAGAAAGAGAAAGCAACCCAACCAGAAACAACUGAGGAAGUCACGGAUCUAAAGAGGCAAGCAGUUGAAGAGAUGAUGGAUAGAAUUAAAAAGGGAGUUCAUCUUAGACCUGUUAAUCAGACUACCAGACCGAAGACAAAGCCAGAAUCCUCGAAAGGCUGUGAAAGUGCAGUGAAUGAACUAAAAGGAAUACUGGGGACACUUAACAAAUCCACUAGUUCAAGAAGCUUAAAAUCCCUUGACCCUGAAAACAGUGAAACUGAGUUAGAAAGGAUUUUGCGUCGCAGAAAGGUGACGGCAGAAGCAGAUAGCAGUAGUCCUACCGGGAUAUUAGCCACGUCAGAGUCUAAAUCCAUGCCAGUGUUGGGUUCUGUAUCCAGUGUAACAAAAACAGCCUUGAACAAGAAAACUCUGGAGGCAGAAUUCAACAGCCCGGCCCCUCUAACACCUGAGCCAGGUGAAGGGUCCUAUAAAUUGGAAGGAUGCACAAGUUCCAAGGUUACAUUUCAGCCUCCCAGUAAUGGCGGAUACAGGAGAAGAUGCUUUGGCGGUGAAAAACAAGCUGAACCAGUUGUAGUUUUAGAUCCCGUUUCUACACGUGAACCCCAAACCAAAGACCAGGUCACUGCAAAAGAUCCAACUCAAUGUAAGGAAGAGGAAGGCGGAAUUGAAACAGAAUACAAAGAAGACAGCGUUGAAAAAAUGAGAGAGACAGACAGCUCCAACUGCUGAUGGGAAACCGGAAAGCUGACCUGUUGGAAUCCUUUUUCAUAAGCACAUGCUUUGUCUUGGUGUGUUGUCUAAGGCUAUAGCCAUUCUGUUCUGCUCCCUGUAUUUCUGAUACACGUUUUUCUGGUAUCACUUUUGUAAGUAGCAACUAUACACAUAAGUAAGUGAUUUAACAACAUAUACAUUCUAAGUAGCUUUGGGUUUGUUUUUUCUUUGUCUUAAUAAGAUUUUUCCUGAUUACUGUAUUAAGUAAGACUUCUUGCUAAAGGCUAAGAUGCAAAUGCUGAUAUCUUUGGAGGAAUUGUGCAUACCACUUAUCAAAUGUAAUGCUGAAAACCUUU